AUGGAACAGACUGAAAUAUGGAGUCCAUAUCUAAUGGGCAUUGCCCAGCCUUGAAUGGAUCUUUUGCACUCCUAACUUAGUCCUAAUUCAGAAGAACUGAACUGACCUGUCAGAGAAUCUAUGCCAGGUUUUACGUGAAAAGGGAUAUACUGAAGAUGAAGAAUAAGACCAAUAUGAAAUGACUUGUUCAAGGCAAACAUUGACAUUUUAGACUGUCUGUUUCUUUGAGGAGGUGGUCAAGUCAGAAGAAGAUUCCAUAACUGCUCAGACCAGCAUGUUCGUUAUAAAUCAUGGAACUGUUCAAAUGCUCUCUUCAGCUUGAUCAACAAGCACAGACCAACAGGCUUUGCUUUCGCUCAUCAGGCUGAUGAGGGCUCGCUUCACACAUACCACUCAAGACUUCUGUGCAGUAUAAAAUAGAAGAUCAAAAGCAGAUUUCUCAUACUGAGCAACUCUGCUCUGAUUUGAAGGGUUGAAUCUUUUCUGAAAGCAUUUGGUAAGGCCAGGCAUUUGAACACUCAGGCACAUGCAGCAGAACCAGGCACAUGGAGGACAGCUGACUCCACAGAGCCAGGGACUUGGGUUUUGCAAUGGAACAAAUAUGGUUGCUGCUGCUUCUAAUGAUUAGAGUACUUCCGGGGUCUGCUCAGUUCAAUAGCUACAACUGUGAUGCCAACCUCCACAGUAGAUUUCCUGCUGAAAGAGACAUCAACGUCUACUGUGGGGUGCAGGCCAUUACAAUGAAGAUUAAUUUUUGCACAGUACUUUUCUCCGGUUAUUCUGAAACAGAUCUGGCGCUGAACGGAAGGCAUGGGGAUUCCCACUGCAGGGGCUUCAUCAAUAACAACACCUUUCCCGCAGUGGUCAUUUUCAUCAUCAAUCUCAGCACCUUGGAGGGCUGUGGAAACAACUUAGUGGUAUCUACAGUUCCUGGAGUAAGUGCAUAUGGAAAUGCAAGUUCAGUACAAAUAGGAAAUAUUUCAGGAUAUAUAGAUACUCCAGAUCCACCGACAAUCAUCAGUUAUCUACCUGGACUUCUUUACAAAUUUAGUUGUAGUUAUCCAUUGGAGUAUCUGGUUAAUAAUACCCAGCUUGCUUCAUCCUCAGCUGCUAUUUCUGUGAGAGAGAACAAUGGUACAUUUGUCAGCACUUUGAACCUGCUCCUUUAUAACGAUUCAACCUACAGUCAACAGUUAAUUAUCCCAAGUAUAGGAUUACCUUUGAAAACCAAAGUGUAUGCAGCUGUACAAGCCACUAACCUGGAUGGCAGAUGGAAUGUUUUAAUGGAUUAUUGCUACACGACCCCGUCAGGGAACCCAAAUGAUGAUAUCCGGUAUGAUCUCUUCCUUAGCUGUGACAAAGAUCCUCAGACGACCGUCAUUGAAAAUGGCAAAAGCCAGCACGGCCGAUUCUCCUUUGAAGUGUUCCGAUUUGUGAAGCACAAGAAUCAGAAAAUGUCCACGGUCUUCCUACACUGUGUUACCAAGCUCUGCAGAGCUGAUGACUGCCCCUUCCUUAUGCCAAUUUGUGGCAACAGAGAAAGGAGAGAUGUCGGGAGGAGGACAACGUGGAGCCCCCAGAGCACAUCUGGAAACGCAGUCCUGUCUGCGGGUCCCAUCAUUACUCGGAGUGAUGAGACUCCAACCAACAAUUCACAGCUUGGUUCUCCAAACCAACCUCCUUUCCAGCUGAACGCAGUCACCAGUGCGCUAAUUUCAGGUGUGGUCAUCCUGGGGGUCAUGAGCUUUUCCCUUCUCCUGUGCUCACUGGCCCUCCUGCACAGGAAGACACCCACCAGUUUGGUGUUGAAUGGCAUAAGAAACCCUGUUUUUGAUUGACUGUAACAGGUCCCUGGUCUUGUGAAGGCUUUGCUGACUGUAUCUUGUGAUCAGUCAGUGCUCCAUCUGAAUUGAAUUCCAGCCAGCGUUCGGUAUUUGUAAGUUUGAUAGAUUUCACUGUGUAGCUUAUGAACAUGAUAGUGAAAGAAUUUGGAUAAUAUUGUUCUUGUCACUUAUGUGUGUGGUCAGCCCUAUUUGCAUGGCACCAAUAGGUAUACUGAUAAUAAACAAAAGAUAUACAGGACUUAGAUCCCACAGUCUGUCAUUUUCCUUUUAUUUCAACUUUUUUGAUCAUUAGUUAUAGAGAUUAAAAAGUAGGCAUAGGAAAAAAAAAAAGGAAUUUGUUGCAUAUUCUCCCUUAAGCAUCACAAUUCAAUGUGAUGGUAUUUAGACUACACAUGUGGUCCUAAAAUGAAAGUUGCUUUUUUGUUUUAUUCCAGCUUAGGGAUAUGUUUUAAUUGGACUGGUCAGUUUGGACUCCUAAGAUUUAAUUAAUCAUUCUAUGACCUUCCUGUGAUAUUGGCUAGCUUCCAUAUCUGUUGAAAUUCAUUAAAGAAAACCAAAAACUCUUGGGAAAUGUAUCUUAACCUGGAGCAUCCCUUUGUGUAGCAAACACUAAAAAUAUUCAUUAACCUCCAGAAGAUACUAAAUGGCCCUAGAUCAUUAUUCAUUUGGAUAGGGCUGGCCGUGAUUGGUUUUCCUCUUCUGGUUCAUGUGAGAACAUCAGCACAUGUUGACUCUCCUCCCAGGUAAACAGCUCAGCUGCUGUCACAGCUGUGUUUCCAGCAGUGAGGUAACUGCAAAGAUUAUUCUUAAUUCAGAACCAGUAGAUGGGAAAGCCGACUGUAGCUGUGGAACAUUGUCCCCGCCAGGAAGCAGAGUAUUCCUAUGCGCAUUUUUAACAACCUGUGUUCUUUUUUCCCUUAGAACAAAAAUGAAACAGGUUAAGUGUAUUUUGCAGAACAUUGUUGAAGUCUCCAUGAAAAAAAUGUUCUUUUUCCCACAAAUUUCUGAUGUGGGAAAAACAAAUUGGAGGUGGCCUUCUUUUUAAAGUGUUUUGAUUGGCAUAGAAUAAACACUUCGUUUCUUUAGUAGUAAAGUAAAAAGAACUAGUUGAUCUUUAUCAAUAUUUGCAAAAAUAUUUUAAAAAACCCGUGUUUGAAGCAACAUGUGUUCUUAUAAAAAUAUCAGCCUUCCCUUUGUUUGUGUUUAUUUGCACCGUUGAACAAAUGAAAACGUUCAAUGACGAAUCCCCAAACCUACGGUGAGCAGCUACUGGAAUUCCGGUGGUAACUGUAAAAAUCACUGUAGAAGCUAACUUUUGUUCAACAUUCAGGACUUAAUUUACUAUACUACCUGUAAAUCACUAUGCGAUUUUAGAUUUGCUUUAAAUGAAGUGUCUGCACUCUCAUUAAUAAUUAAAUUAAUCACCAAAUCAAAAACCUUUUUUCCAAUUUGCCUGAAUAGUUCAGAAGAAAUUGUUUUUAUUAUGGUAAUUAGAUAUAUAAUUGCCUUAACUUUCUAUUUCAAGGUAUAGACACAGAGUGAAUGGAAUCUAGAAAGUUUCUGGAUAAUUUUUAAUAUAAAAAAGUGUGUCAUUUAAGAAGUCAAGCUCUUCUUCCUUGUGUUACUUUAAAAUAUCUUUGAAAUGGCUAUUCGGAAUUAUCUGUGUUAACAAAUAUAUUUUUUAAUUUAAAAAGAAAGACUUUUCUUUUUAAAUUAUAUGGAGCAUACUAUUUAUGUGGCCCUAUGUAGAUGUUGAUAAUAUUGGAAUAUUCUGGAAAUAUCUAUCUCAGAUACUUUAAGUGAAUUUAUUUUGAUCUGAGAAUGAAGUCCUUCAAAUAGGACAUUACAUCACAGAAGCCAGUUUGAUUUUUGUGCCUUAGGAUGGCUACUGUUGCAACUGCUGACCUUUUAAGUUCUAGAUACUAUUUUAUAACACUGGAUAUUGGACAUAUUUUGCAAGCAAUUUAAAUCUCAUAUUGUUAUUUUGUUACCCUUUUAUUAUAAAUGGGAGAGUCAGAGCUAUAAUGAAACAAACCAGGCUUGUUUGAUAUAGCUUGGUUCUUAAAGGCCUGAAGUUAUAUGUAGUAUUUAGUUAUACUGAAUUAUCCAGUUGCUAUAGUGUGACAUCCUUACAAAAUACGUGCAAAUGUUCCUUCAGUUUUAAUACCUCAAACUGUUUUUUGCACUUCAGGGGUAAGGUCUGAUGACAUGUAAAAGAUGAUUGUUUAAUAAAAU